AUGUCGGCUGUUGCACCGCCCCCAGGCGGCCAGGAUCAGCAAAAGACUACGCUCUGGAUGGGCGAGCUUGAACCCUGGAUGGAUGAGAACUUCAUCAAAGGCGUCUUCCUAUCGGCUGCAGGCGAGACUGUCAAUGUUAAGGUCAUUCGCGACAAGAACUCUGGAAACGCCGGCUACUGCUUUGUUGAGUUUCCGACUCCCGACUCCGCCAACAAGGCUCUCACUUUGAACGGCACUCCUGUUCCCAACAGCUCACGCCAGUUCAAGCUCAACUGGGCCUCGGGUGGCGGACUUGUCGAUAGACGAGACGACCGUGGUCCCGAGUAUAGCAUCUUUGUGGGUGAUCUGGGCCCCGAGGUCAACGAAUACGUCCUGGUCUCUCUGUUCCAGGCCCGCUUCCCGUCUUGCAAGUCUGCCAAGAUUAUGACGGACGCCAUGUCGGGCCAGAGCCGCGGCUAUGGCUUUGUUCGCUUCUCGGACGAAAACGACCAGCAGCGCGCGCUCGUUGAAAUGCAGGGUGUGUACUGUGGUAACAGACCUAUGAGGAUCUCUACCGCUACGCCCAAGAACCGCGGCAACCACGGGUUCGGUGGGCACGGCCACCACGGCGGGCCCAUGAUGGGAGGCGGCGGCAUGCCCCAGCAGCAACAGAUGUGGGGUGGUGGAAUGCAGGGCUUUCCGUACGGCGGCUAUAACCCUGCCACGCAGAUGAACCAGUUCACGGACCCCAACAACACGACCGUCUUUGUCGGCGGGCUUUCGGGCUACGUGACCGAGGACGAACUCCGCUCCUUCUUCCAAGGCUUUGGCGAGAUAACAUACGUCAAGAUUCCACCCGGCAAGGGCUGCGGCUUUGUCCAGUUUGUGCACCGUCACGCCGCUGAGAUGGCCAUCAACCAGAUGCAGGGCUACCCGAUUGGCAACUCGCGCGUGCGUCUCAGCUGGGGCCGGUCUCAGAACAACUCGGGCGUCGGCACCCCUUACCGACCCGCUCCCCCGCCGCCUCAUUACAUGGGCAUGCCAGGCCACGGCCCAGGCCCCUAUGGCCCCCAACACUUUGGCGCUCCGGCUCCUGGCCUUCAGGGACCCCCGGGACCACCCGGCCCCGCUGGCCCUCCCCAGGUAUGA